UGGACACUUUCCAUGAUCAAGAAGAUUAUUAUACCAACUAUGCGCGAGGGCAGAUCGUUGAUCGGAGGUUAGAAGAACCCUGGUUAGAAAGUGAUCUAUCACGUAAAGACCCUACACAUUCGCAAUCUGUCUUGAAUCUGCGAUAUCAUGGUUCUCGGGGUCAAGUUGUUGAUCCAAUACGACACCCUGAAUUAUCGUUAGGAUUUCUAGGAAACGAUCCCAGAGGGAACCAGGUUGGACCUGAUAUUAAUAAAAUCUCGAAGCAAAUGCAACGUCGCAAAACCGUUCUUACUAUAGGAAUAGGUACUAAUGCUGAUACUCAAGUUUCUGAAAGGCCAUGGACAGAGCAAGCCAUCAGGAUUGGAUGUAAAGAGAUACAUAAUCAACUUAAGGGUAAUACUCACGUUUUCUUUACACAAAGGGAAGGAAAAAUUAAUGAAGUGGUCCCACCUAGUGAAACUAAUUAUGCAGGGUACACUAUAAUGCGAAAUCCUGAAGAGUGGCAAAAAAUACUUUCCGGUGGGGAUUAUUACCCAUAUAAUGAGUUAAUUCGUAAGUAUACUAAUUCUGGCAAUAACGCACCUUCUUAUGUGCCGUGGCGGCAUGUUAUGGGAGAAACUAAAUUACCUGUACAAAAAUAUGGUAAGCAAUAUGGUAAUACAACUGGUUUACAUAUCACUCCCUCAAAAGACAAAAACAUAAUGUUGCAGAAGGCAGAUCAAUCGUGGAAUCUCCAGCAAGAUGCUAAUACAACUGGUUUACAUAUUACUCCCUCAAAAGAUAGAAACAUAAUGUUACAGAAGUCAGAUCAAUCGUGGGGUCUUCAGCAGGACGUUAAUGAAACUAGACAUAUUUCAUUCAACAUGUAUAUGGUACUUGCCACUAAGGAAAUGGUUCAAACUGAGACUGGAUUUGGUCAAAAUAAAAAUUUCCAAUUAACUAAACCAGGAGGAGCUUCACUUAUGCCUGCUAUGCAUUCUAGAGAACAAAAGUGGGAUCAACAAUUAGUUUUGCCAUCUGGUUUUGAAAAAUCUAUUUCUAAAAAUAAUAGAAAACUUAUCCCUUCUUCAGAUCCUUAUCCAAUAAGCGAAAUACAAUGUGAAAAGCAACAAAGACACCUAUCAUUACAAGGCCUAACUUCCCUUGCUAAAACAUUCCGGAGACCAAUCCUUACUUCAGACACCUACCCAAUAAGCGAGAUGCAACAUGAAGAACAGAAAAGACAUUUGUUAUUGCAGGAUGUAACAUCUCAUAUUGGAACACUUCGGAAACCAAUUCUACCAGACGAUCUGGAAUUUCUUUAUUGGCAACAGCAAGAAGAGCAAAAUCGAGAUGUAGCUUCUUCUUCACAAGAAUCACAUCUAACUAAAGGGGUAUUAUCAGCUAUAUAUCCAGAAAAACGACAUCUUGCUACUUCAGAAAGAUCUGCUCCUUCACAAAAAAACCCAACUUUCUCACAUAAACAAGAAUUCAUAUGGCAUUUAAAUCAGGUAUUACCUAAAUCUGCUGGAGCUGAUAAUUUUAAUAUUCAUGUUUAUAGUUCUGCACCUCCACAGGUUUCUACAGAAAGAUCGAAUCCAGAUAUUCUCUGUCAUAUUGGUGAUGUAACGAUUUUGGGGAAUUCAGAAGAAACUGUCUUCGGAUCUAAUGCAUCUGGGGGUUAUAGUACUGCUACCACUGGACCUAAAACUUUACGCAUAUACAAAGAAAGUGACUCUAUGAAUUUACAUGACGGAUUG